UCGCUCCUCUGUGCGCUCUACUGUUUGCAUUGUGUCUGAACUGCCGGCGAGCUUUAAAAAUAUUAUACCCACCGCGGCAAUGUCGGGCAGGUCGGUCCGAGCUGAGACCCGGAGCAGGGCGAAAGAUGACAUCAAGAGGGUUAUGGCCGCUAUCGAGAAAGUACGAAAAUGGGAGAAGAAAUGGGUGACUGUUGGAGACACGUCACUUCGUAUCUACAAGUGGGUGCCGGUGACGGAGCCCAAAUCAGAUGACAAGAACAAAAACAAGAAGAAGGGUAAAGAUGAGAAAUAUGGCUCAGAGUUGACAACUCCAGAGAACAGCUCCUCUCCAGGAAUGAUGGACAUGCACGAUGAUAACAGCAACCAGAGCUCCAUUGCCGACUCAUCCCCGGUGAAACAGGAAAACAGUUGUAGCACCAGCCCCGCCCCCGAGCCCGCCGCCACGUCUCACCGCGAGAACAGCGAGGCCAAGACGGACCAGAGCCCCGACAGCAAGAGGGGUAAGACCACCCCGUCAUCAGAGACCUCAGAGAGAGGACAAAGUGCCAAGAGAGACAGUCUGUCCUCAGGGGACAAGGACUCUUCAGACAGCAAAGCCACUCAGGACCUAGAGGAGGAGGCCCCGCCCAGCAAGAAAAGCAAAGGGGAGUCCUCAUCUCAGGACUUUGAGGAGAGUUAAAUGUUUGGGGCUGAGUCAUUCCUCUCCUUCCCCUCCUCCUUCCCCUCCUCCUCCUCCUCCUCCUCCUCCCUCCCUCUGCGCCUCCUUCCAUUACCUCUAGAUAAUUUAGGGCUGAUGGAUGCUCUCCUCUCACUCCCCUCCUCCUCCUCCUCCUCCUCUCCUCCUUCUCAAUACCAAAGGGAGAAAGGACGUCUCUCUUCCCUCCUCCUGCUCCUCCUCCUGCUCCUCCUCCUGCCCUGACACUCCUCUGCCACAGAGGGAGAAUGGAUAUUACCUCUAUUCACUGGUCCCCCUCCGUGCUUCCUUCCAGUUCUCCACACCUGUUUUCACUAAUGCCAAGAGAAGCUCUGAACCCCGGGGCUAGCUGGAUCCUCUCCGUGACCAGGAGGAGAGGGGGGCGGCGGGCGGCGCCGUCAGCCGAGCCGCCGCCACCGCCACCGCCACCGCCAGGCCAGACGACAAACACUGACCUGCAUCUGUGACUAGAAACGAGUUAACACUGGGGAUCUGAGAUUAGGACGAGGUGGAUCCCCGGGCGCUGCUCUGAGACCGUUUUUAAAAAACGUUUUCCUGCUAACGGCGCGGCGCCCAGACGCCGGCCGACCGACCUGGUCUCAGAUCAGCGGCCGCGGCGGGAGAACCUCCGCCCUAAGACCACGUCACGUCAAUCCUCCCGAUUCGCCUCCUGUUAGACUAAUGUUCUAUAUUUGUUUAGGAAACGUUUAGGGUUUUUUUCUCAGGAGGGUCAAUGCACUGUUAUGGUAUGUCACAAUCGAUCACAGAUAGAUUUUGCUGCUGUAAGUGGAAGUCUUUUUUCUCUAUCCAUGAAAAGUUAUCCAUUCACACGUUUUCUAACAGUUAGUUUGUGGUUCGUAGAAGAAGAAGAAGAAGAAGAAGAAGAAGACGGUACUGGUCAAGAUAAACUCUCGGAUAAGUAGUGAAGACGGGCGUCAGUAGCGUAGAUCAUGAAGGUGUGCCUUGAGUUGCUACGAUUAAAUACACGUUGUUUAGGUCAAGCUGGUUUUGAAUUACAAUUUUGGUGCCAUGCUAUUUGUUUUUUUGCCUUAUAAUCAUCACUAAUUAGUAAUUAUCCAAUAUUUAUAACAACACUUUGUUUUGAUUGAAGGAAUGGUUCGACAUUUUGGGGAAAUAUUGUCAUUUUCUUACCGCGAGCUAAAUAAGAGGAUCGGAUAUUUUCAGAUGGUUAGCUUAGCUUAGCAUAAAGACUGAAAACAAAGGGAAACUGUUAGCCUAGCUCUGUCCGAAGAAGCCACCCGUAAAACAGCUGUUUUUUUUGUUUUUUAGACUUCUGUUUUUAAACAAACAAGAUAUAAAGUUUCUUUAGAAGUACUUUAAGGUUGAUUUGGCUCACUUAUUAACAUGUUAUACAUCUGUUUCAUUUAGAGCUGACACAUAAAUAAUUUGUUUCUUUGACCAUUAAAGAAAUAUUUCAUGCAAAAAUGGCCAAAAGUAAGUUUCAGGCACCUCUAAUAUGGAGAAUUCCUGCCUCUUUUCAUUCUAUAUCAUAUUAAAUUGAAUAUCUUUUGACAUUUAAAGACAUCAGCUUGGAUUUUGACGAACAGGGAUUACAUUUCUUUUUUUCCUGACCCUUUUAAAGACUAAAUGUAAUUACUCUAUAAUUAAUUUUUUUUGUUGCAGCCCUAAUUUAAUCAUUGUUUCUUUUAAAAAACAAAGUCUAAAAAUGACAAUUGUGGUUUAUUAUGUUACAGAUUAUUUCUUGGACAUGAGCAU